AUGUUAUCUAUAAAUAAAAGAAUGUUUCUAACAGUUUCCUAUCGACAUUUAUUAUCACAUUCAUCUAUUCUCACUGAAUAUUCUAUUAAAUUAUCAUCAACAUCAAGUCAUAGUAAUAAUAAACGACCACGAACAUCAUCAUCUUCAUUCUAUCAUCAUCAUCAUUCUCAUCAUCAUCAUCGAACACAUUCUAAUAAAACACAUAAUCCAACAAAUAUAUUACGUCGACUUUUUCAACCAAUUGAUGUUAAACCAAUGACUACUAUCGAUAAACUUGAUCCAACAUCAUCAAAAAUUGUAGAUACAAAUGUUGGUGAAGAAUUAACCGGUGGUAAAACACUUGAACGAAAUGUACUUCUUCGUAUCAUCACAGACUUUUAUCGUCGUGAUGAAAUAAAAAAAUUAGCUGUUGAUCAAGGUCUUGAUAAUCGUCUUUUUCAAGAUGCUUAUGUUAGUUUUCGAAAAUUUUGUAUUCAAUCAACAGUUUUACCUGUUGAUUUACAUAUUGUGUUGAGUGAUAUUAUAUCUGGAUCUGGUCAUGUAACAGAUAUAUUUCCUUAUUUUUUACGUCAUGCACGAGAAAUGUUUCCACAUUUAACAUGUAUGGAAGAUUUGAAAAAGAUUAGUGAUCUUAGAGAUCCUGCUAAUUGGUAUCCAGAUGCACGAGCUAUACAAAGAAAAAUAAUAUUUCAUGCUGGUCCAACAAAUAGUGGAAAAACAUAUCAUGCACUUCAAAGUUAUAUGAAUAGUGAAAGUGGAGUUUAUUGUGGACCAUUAAAAUUAUUAGCAUCUGAAGUUUUUUAUAAGACUAAUGCUGCAGGUACAAAAUGUGAUUUGGUUACUGGUGAAGAACGUCGAUUUGCUGAUCCUGAAGGAAAACCAGCUAAUCAUGUAGCAUGUACAGUUGAAAUGACGAAUUUAACUAACGUUUAUGAGGUAGCUGUUAUUGAUGAAAUUCAAAUGAUGCGUGAUCCACAACGUGGUUGGGCAUGGACACGAGCUUUACUUGGUCUACAAGCAAAAGAAAUUCAUUUAUGUGGUGAAAAAUCUACAGUACGACUUGUAGAGGAUUUAAUGGUCACAACAGGUGAUCAAGUAGAAAUUAGAGAAUAUAAACGAUUAACUAAAUUAAAUUAUCAAGAUCGAGCAUUAGAAACAUUCGAUAAUGUCAAAUCGGGCGAUUGCUUUGUAUGCUUCAGUAAAAAUGAUAUAUUUCAUAUAACACGUGAAUUAGAAAGACGUGGUCAUGAAGUAGCUGUUAUUUAUGGAUCAUUACCACCAGGUACGAAAUUAUUACAAGCUCAACGUUUUAAUGAUCCAAAUGAUCCAUGUAAAAUAAUGGUCGCCACAGAUGCUAUUGGCAUGGGUUUAAAUUUGAGUAUUAAACGUAUUAUUUUCUAUAGUCUUCUAAAACCACAAUUAAAUGAACAAGGAGAAAAAGAAAAAGAUACAGUGACAACAUCUCAAGCAUUACAAAUUGCUGGUCGAGCUGGAAGAUUUGCAAGUGCUUUUCCAGAUGGUGAAGUAACAACAUUUCGACGUGAUGAUCUACUAUUAUUGAAAGAUAUUGUUAGUCGACAAGUAGAAACAAUUAAACGUGCUGGACUUCAUCCAACAGCUGAACAAAUUGAAAUGUUUGCCUAUCAUUUACCUAAGCAUUCACUUUCAAGUUUAAUUGAUAUAUUUGUAGUUUUAUCACAAUUAGAUGAUAGUCUUUUUUUUAUGUGUAAUGUUGAAGAUGUUAAAUUUCUUGCUGAUAUUAUUGAACAUGUGCCAUUACCACUUCGUGCUCGUUAUACAUUUUCAUGUGCUCCAAUUAAUAAAAAAAUGCCAUUUGUUUGUACUAUGUUUUUGAAAUAUGCACGUCAAUUUAGUCGUAGUGAACCAACAACAUUUGAUUGGCUUGCAAAACAAAUAGGUUGGCCAUUUGAAAUACCAAAUACAAUUAUGGAUUUAGUACAUUUAGAAGAAGUUUUCGAUUGUCUAGAUCUUUAUUUAUGGCUCAGUUUUCGUUUUGCUGAUAUGUUUCCUGAUAAAGAAUUAAUUCGUGGUAUUCAAGCUGAACUUGAUCAAAUAAUUCAUGCUGGUGUACAAAAUAUUGUUAAACUUAUACAUCGAACAAAUCGUCUUGAAGAUGCAAAAGAUGUUGCUGUAACAACAUCAAAUACAGAAAAAACAGCUGAAGCUAUUGCAGUUGUAACUGAAGAAAUUAAACCAAUAAAUAAAUCUUCAUCUAAUACAGCAACAAUACGAUCAAUUAUUGGAUUAGAAGAAGAAUUAGAUAUUCAUACAAGAAAUUCAUCAACAAUAUCUGUUCAAGAUAAUAAAGUUGAAAAACAAGAAGAAGAAAAACUUUCCACUACAUUGGCUAUGAAUACGCAUAAAGUACUACAUUCAUAUUUAAAUGCAUUAAAAACACAAGCAGAAACACGUGGACAUGAAUUUAAUGAAACUGAAGAUUUAAUUAAACAAUUGAUAUCAAAGGGUUUACUUAGUCAACGUUCUGUGGAUAAACUUGAAAAGCAAUUGGCGGUCUUCAAUGAUCAUGAGAAAAAUAUUUUGAUAUCUCAUUUGAUUUUCCUCAAUUUUAUUUUCUAUCAAUUAUUAUCUUUAAAUCGAAAUUCUAGUUUAUCAUUUAAUUCAUUGAUAUUCAAUACUUAUUUAAUGGGACAAAAUACUUCAAUAAAACGUUUAUCUCGUCGAAUAGGUGACUCUUUUAGAGGUGAUAGAAAUUCAACAUUUCCUAAUAAUGAUGAAAAACGAAUAAUAACAAUUAAUAGUGGACCACAACCAGCUAAAUUUAUAUCAAAUCGUAUUAGUACAAGCAAAUAUUCUAUAUUAACAUUUUUACCUAAAUUUCUCUUUGAACAAUUUCGAAAAUAUUCAAAUAUAUUUUUUCUUUGUAUUGUUAUAUUUCAACAAAUACCCGGUGUAUCACCAACAGGAAGAUACACAACAGCUGUUCCAUUAACAUUUAUUCUUUGUUGUGCUGCAAUUAAAGAAAUUAUUGAAGAUGUGAAACGACAUAUACAAGAUGAUGCCGUCAAUCGGAGAAAAGUUUUAAUUUAUCGACAAGGAACUUGGAUAUUUACAGCAUGGCACAAAGUUAAAGUUGGUGAUAUUGCUAAAGUUAUUGAUAAAGAAUAUUUUCCAGCUGAUCUUGUUUUAAUUUCUUCUGGUGAACCAAAUUCAAUAUGUUAUAUUCAAACAUCAAAUCUUGAUGGAGAAACAAAUCUUAAAGUUCGACAGGGUUUACCACAAACUGCUCAUAUAAAAUCAAGUCUAGACUUAAAAGAUUUACAAGGAACGGUUGAAUGUGAAUUACCAAAUAGAAAUUUAUAUGAAUUUGCUGGAACUUUAAAAAUCAAUAGUGCUGCUUAUCCUAUACCAUUAGGUGCUGAUCAAAUACUUUUACGUGGUUCACAACUAAAAAAUACGACAUGGAUUUAUGGAAUUGUUAUUUAUAGUGGACAUGAGACCAAAUUAAUGAUGAAUUCAUCUUCUGUGCCUCUUAAACAAACACAUGUUGAAAAAGUGACGAAUAAACAAAUUUUAUUUCUACUUCUUUUAUUGAUUAUCUUAUGUGUAUUCAGUACAAUGGCUGAAGAAAUAUGGACUUCCAAAAAUAAAGAAAAACAUUGGUAUCUUGGUUUAAAUCUUGAUGAAAAUAGAGGAACAUGGCAACAUAUUGGUUAUACAUUUUUGACAUUUUUUAUUUUAUUUAACAAUUUAAUUCCAAUUUCAUUACAAAUAACAGUUGAUCUAGUCAAAUUUAUUCAAGCUUAUUUUAUUAAUUGGGAUAGAGAUAUGUAUGAUCCAGAGACAGAUACACCAGCAAGUGCAAGAACAUCGAAUUUAAAUGAAGAACUUGGUCAAGUUAAAUAUAUUUUUUCGGAUAAAACUGGUACAUUAACAAAAAAUGAAAUGGUUUUUAAACAGUGUUCUAUUGGUGGCAUUAUGUAUGGAUCAGGAAAUCUAAGUGAAUUUAACAGUUAUGAAUUACUUAAAAAUCUAGAAGAACAUAAUACAUCUAAUGAAAUUCGUGAAUUUCUAACAUUACUAGCAACAUGUCAUACAGUUGUACCAGAAAAUAAAACGCAUACAGAUUUACCAACUGAUGUAUUUUAUCAAGCAUCAUCACCAGAUGAAUAUGCAUUAGUUACAGCAAUGAAACAAAUGGGUGUUGUUUUUUUUAGUCGUACACCAGAGAGUGUGACUAUUAAUUUUCGUGGUAACAAAGAAGAAUAUCAAAUUUUAAAUGUUUUGGAAUUUAGCAGUGAUCGUAAACGAAUGAGUGUAAUUAUUCAAACAUCUCGUAACGAAAUUAAAUUAUAUUGUAAAGGCGCUGAUAGUGUUAUAAUGGAACGUCUUGGAUCAAAUGAUCAUAGUGUACAAUUAACAUCUGAACAUUUAGAAAGUUUUGCUAAUGAUGGUCUUCGAACAUUAUGUCUUGCUUAUCGAAUGUUAACUAAUGAAGAAUAUAAUGAAUGGUUAGUAAAAUAUCGAGAAGCAUCAACAGCAAUAAAUAAUCGAAAUGAAUUAGUUGCUGAAGUAGCUGAUAGAAUUGAACAAAAUUUAAUUUUAUUAGGUGCAACUGGAAUUGAAGAUAAAUUACAAGAUCAAGUUCCACAAAGUCUUACUAUGUUACAUCGAGCUGGUAUUAAAAUUUGGGUAUUGACAGGUGAUAAAAAAGAGACUGCAGUCAAUAUUGGUUAUUCAUGUAAACUUUUAUCCGAUCAAAUGCUUAAUUUAACAUUAGAUGAAACAACUCGUGAUGAUACACAAAGACAAUUACGUCAACAUUGUCAACAAUUUGGUGAUUCAUUACGUAAAGAAAAUCCUGCUUCAUUAGUUAUCGAAGGAAAAACACUUAAAUAUGCUUUACAUGCUUCAUGUCGUCAAGAUUUUCUUGAUGUAGCUAUGUCAUGUAAAACAGUUAUUUGUUGUCGAGUUAGUCCAAAACAGAAAGCAGAAGUUGUUGAGCUUGUUAAAAAAUCAACAGAGGCAAUUACAUUAGCUAUUGGUGAUGGUGCUAAUGAUGUAGGCAUGAUUCAGAUGGCACAUGUAGGUGUUGGAAUAUUAGGUCGUGAGGGUGUUCAAGCAGCAUGUGCAUCAGAUUAUACUAUUGGUCAAUUUAGAUUUUUAACUAAACUAUUAUUUGUUCAUGGUGUAUGGAGUUAUCGUCGUUUAUGUAAAGUAAUACUUUAUUCAUUUUAUAAAAAUAUUUGUCUUUAUGUUAUGGAGCUUUGGUUUGCGUUUCAUAGUGCAUUUUCUGGUCAAAUUUUAUUUGAACGAUGGACAAUUGCUAUCUAUAAUGUAAUAUUUACUGCAGCACCACCAAUGGCACUUGGAUUAUUAGAUCGUAGUUGUAGUGCAGAAACAAUGAUGCAUUUUCCAGCUAUUUAUAAAAUGUCACAAAAUCGAUCAGAUUUUAAUAUUAAAAUUUUUUGGACUUGGUGUCUUAAUGCAGUCUAUCAUUCCAUUGUUCUCUAUUUUAUGUCAUAUUUUAUGCUUCGACAUGAUGUUCCACAUUCUAGUGGGAUUGUUCUUGGCAAUCAUUUAUUUUUGGGCAACUGCAUUUAUACUGUAAAUUUAGACGUUGCAUAUCGCAACGGACAAGUGGGUACUUAUCUACUAUUAGGCAAUAUGAUUUAUACCUACGUCAUCUUUGUUGUUUGUCUUAAAGCAGGACUCGAAAGUGAUUCAUGGACAUCUCUUACACAUGUUGCUAUUUGGGGAAGUAUUGCUUCAUGGUUUAUCUUUUUCUCUGCAUACAGUUAUGUAUGGCCAACAUUGCCAGUUGCAUCAGAAAUGCGUGGUAUGGCUCAAUAUGUUUUUUCAAGUCCAUACUUUUGGUUUGGUUUAAUAUUAAUUCCAAUAACAACAUUAUUAGCUGAUUUUAUUUAUAAUUGUAUCCAACGAACAUAUUUUAAAACAUUAAUGCAAGAAGUACAAGAAAAAGAAGUUGCUCACCAAGAUCCAUCUGAUUUAGUUAUGUCAAGACAACCAAAAACAGUAUCACGUGUUACUGAACGAUUAGCUUUAUUAAAAAAUGUUUUUGUUCGAACAAAAGCAACAAAAUCAACUGGAAUUAUUGAUAAACCUUAUUGUGGAUUUGCUUUUUCACAAGAAGAAAAUGGUGUUGUUCCACAAGAUCAAUUAAUACGAAAUUAUGAUACAAAUAUAGAUAAACCUCUUGGAUUAUAA